AAAAUUUUUUUUUCCCCCAAAAAAUAAUCAGUGAAGAAAUAUAAAAACAUGUAUGGAAUUCUAUUAUGUUAAAUAAUUGUUAAUAAUAAUAAUAAUAAAUAAAAUAACAUUAAAUACAAUAAUAAAAAAUUAAUAUCAAUAAUCAACGAUGUUAUAAAAACAAAUUUUUUAUUUCAAAAUUUAAAAAAUCCAAUUUUUAAUACAUAUUCAAAAAUGAUUAUUUUGCUAAUUUUGUUAUUGUCACAUCGGGCAAUAAUUACAAAUCAAGUGCGAAUUCCUAUUGAAAAAUCAUCUUGUAUGCAAGAUGAGAAUUAUAAUGAAGAAUUAUCAUCAACAUUGAUGAAUGAAAUGAAUGACGAAUUACUUUAUUUACGAAGAAUAGAAGCAAAUGUAAAAUGGAAUAUGACAAUAAAAUCAUCAUUUGAAAUGGAAAAAAUAAAUUCAAUAAUUAUUGAUUUAAAUAACAAGUGGAAAAUAAAAUGGUGUAGAAAAUUUCAAAAUUUAACAGAAAUAUAUCACAAUAGAAUGAUUCAUCUUCUUUGCAAAGGACCAAUAUAUACACCAAAUAUAUCCAAGAAAUUGUCAGAAGUUGAAAAAAAAUUAUCAUUGACUUAUAGUACAACAAAAAUUUGCAAAAAUGAAAAUCAAUGUUUUUAUGCGGAGCCUGAUUUGGAGAAAUUUAUGUCUUCUAUCAGAAACGAAACAGAGUUACGUUGGAUGUGGGAAGAAUGGCAAAAUAAAAUGAGUCACUUAAAAAAUAUCUUCACAGAAUCAGUGAUUCUUCAAAAUUUAGGAGCAAGAAACAAUAAUUAUGAGGAUUUUGGUGAAUAUUUGAGAGAGGAAUUUGAAAUUCCUGAUUUGAAGAAAUUAAUUUUCAAAUUAUACAAUGAAAUUCGUCCAUUAUACAAACUUCUUCAUGCUUUUGUUCGUUACAAACUUGUUCAAAUUUAUCCAGAAAUUCUUCAUCCAAAGCAAUCAAUUUUUUCCCACUUACUUGGCAAUUCAUGGUCUCAAAAUUGGAGUCCAUUAAUAAAACUUGUUUUGGAAAAUGAUCAAAUUUUAAAUAUAACUCAUGAAAUGUUGAGGAAAAAUUAUAAUAUUCAUGAAAUGGUGAAAAAAGCUGAGGAUUUUUAUUUGUCAUUAGGUUUUUCAAAAUUAUCGGAAAAAUUUUGGAAAAAUUCAAUAUUUGAAAGGAAAAAUGAAACCAUAAAUUGUCACGCUACAGCUGUAAAUAUGUAUAUUGAUAAUGAUUUUCGAAUUCUUGCGUGUUUAAAAAUUAAUAUCGAGGACUUUGAAAUGAUUAUUCACGAAAUUGGUCACAUACAAUAUUACAUGGCUUACAAAGAUCAACCAACAAUUUUUAGGAAUUCACCAAAUUCUGCAUUUCAUGAAGCAAUUGGCGAUACAAUUUUACUUGGUCUUAUGGCACCUCAAAAUUUACAAAGACUUGGACUUGUCAAAGAUUUCCUACUUGUUGAUAAUAUUCCAAUUUUGUUAAAGCAAGCACUUUUUAAACUUCCUGUAAUGAUUCAUAGUUUAAUAAUGGAUUUUUGGAGAUGGCAAGUUUAUUCCGGUAAAAUAAAACCAUCGAAUUACAAUCGUUCAUGGUGGAAAUUGUACAAAAAAUUUAUGGGAAUCAAACCACCGUCUCGUCGAUCGGAAAUUUAUUUCGAUCCAGCUGCUUUGUUUCAUAUAACAGAAAAUGUUCCCACAAUCAGGUAUUUUCUAUCGACUAUUUUGCAAUUUCAAUUUUUUGAAACUAUUUGCCGAGCUUCAGUCACGGGUAAAAUUGAGAAUUCAAAUUUACAAAUUCCACUUCAUCAAUGCGAUAUUUAUGGUUCGCAAGAGGCUGGAAAAAUUUUAAGAUCUUUAAUGCAAUUGGGAAGCAGUGUAAAUUGGAAAGACGCUCUUUAUCUCACAACAGAAUCGACAAAUUAUGAAACAAAAUUUCUUUUAAAUUAUUUUCAACCACUAAGUGAAUGGCUACAAAUGCAAAUUGAUCGUCACAAUAUUCCAGUUGGAUGGGAUUAAACGUUUCUUU